AGAAUACAUAUCUGUAGUUAAUAACAGAUGCAGUGUUCUUAGAAUGAUGUGAGGAUGUUGGUCUUUGUAAAUUGAAAACUGAGUUUUUGGAUUUUGAUUUUGAUGGUAAGAAUAUCUGUAGAAUUGAAACUUGAUUAUGAACUUUACAUUUACUUAGAUUUAACAUAAUUGCUUUUGGUUGUAAAACUAAAAUGGAUUACUUCAUUGAUUGGUGUGACAUGGUUUUGACCAAUAGGGUUCAGUAAAGGAAUGUUUUAAGUUCUUUGGGCAUGUGUUUGUGGUUGGUUACUUGUCUGCAUGGGAGAGAACACUUUGUUGCAUUUGUAAUUUUGUUUCUAUAGACCUGUGCUUCCAUCUUGAAGGAGUUUGUCUUCCAGAGUUGAUAAUUGGCUAUUAGAUGUGGUCUAUUAUUGUAAGUGACCUGUUGAUGAAAUGUGAGUGUAGCUAGAAUUUGACUUGAAACUGAAUUUGUGUAGCUAGAAUUUGACUUGAAAGUGAAGGGUUCUUUUGGUUUUGGAGUUGAGGUUGAGUGAUUUAAAAGUGGCCAAGGUGGUGUAUAUUCUUGAAUUUGAAGUUACUCAUUUUGCCCAAAUAUAUAUGUAUAUUUGAAGUAAAUACGUUUGAUGUGUGGCACUUCUAAGGUUAAUGGUUUUUGCAAAGAAGUUUGUUUCUUCUGGGGGAAAAUGGUUGUACUAACUUUUGUUCUACUGCAGUUGAACACUAGGGAGGCGCUCUUGAGUUGUAAAAAAAUUACCCCUUCCUUCCAGUUGAGGUGGAAAAUUCCCUCUUAAUCUUUUGAUGUUUUUAGGCACCAUAAAGAAGGCAAGAGUUGAUUUAAUUUAUGGUGUUGAAAUGUUGCUAAUAUUUACAAGCCAUUUUACCCAUGGUGGGGUGUUAAUUUUUUUAAAGAUUAGUACUUAAACUGAGCUUUAGAGUCUCUAAUAAUUAUCUUUAUUUCAAAAUGGCUUGAUAAAACUCCACUUCCUGUCCAGGGAGGAAGUUAUUUUAGCUCAAGGACUGAAAUAUUUAGCAGAUCUUUAGACAAAAGGAACAAAUUACAUUUCUCUCUGGCUUAAAAAGGGUGCUUGAGCCAGAGGGGGUUAAGAAGCCCUUCCCCCUCCCCCUGAUGGAGUGGUCUGGAGGGGCAGGGAGGUGUGGAGUUGGGGGUCUCUAGGCUCCCUUGGAUGGAGGAUCUGGUUCUUUUUCUUUUUUUCUUUUUUUUUUUUUUUUUGGUGGAGAUGAAGGGGUGGGUCUAUGGUACAUCACCUGAGUUGUGGGGUAAAUGUAGAGAGUGUCAAUCAAAGGCAGAGCUCUCAGAGCUGGGAAGGAGGCUCUAGAUGGCGGCUGUGCCUUAGAGAGAGCGCGCUUUGCUCCCUGCUUCGGUUCACUUUACGCAACUUUCCCUAACUUUCGGGCAGCCUCAGGGGGCCCCCGCAGCCCCCUGCCUCUUCUAGUGACUUACUGGGGUCGAUCCGAACCUUUUUUUGGGAGAAAAGCUGCUUUUAGGAGCUUUCUUUUCGUGCCUUGUUGGAAGAAGCUGCCGUAUUGAGAGCCCAGGUCGUUGUUUUUUCCAGCUUAGAAGCCAUGGCGCACCUCCAUUUUUGUGCGCUCUCCUAAUGAGGGUUUUUUCCCCCUUCCGGACCUGUUUUAGUAUUAAUUAUUGCUUUAUUUUUUGACAAGUCAACAUAUUUAAGGAUUAUUUCAUUUACUUUUUGUUUUUUAACGGAGGAUUUUGCGUUUUAAAAAUUAUUUUGGAUCUGAUAUUUUUCUAGUACUAGAUAGGACUCUCGCUUUGGACAUACUACAUGGAUCAGGUAAGUCCAUGAUAAUCAGCGAUAAUUUAAAAAAAAUUAUGUUUAAGUUGGCUUUAUUUACUGUAAAUAUGAGAAAUUCCUGGAUGACGCAAUAAGAUACAGAGAUUGUUAUUUGUAUCCAGUAUGUUACUUUUGAGAAACUUUCCUUAUUGAUAGUGAUGCUUCUACCGUUCAGUUUAUCCCCCAUUUAUUUUAAAACGGAAAAAUAUAAAGAUUUUGUUUUUUUUUGGUGCUUAUCGUUGUUGCAUUACAUGAAUAUCGCUAACAUCGUCAGGACUUUGUUCCUGAUAAUAAAACCACCCAUAGAAGCUGGGACCUUACCUUUCUUUCAACUUUUGACAGUAAAUACCUGGGCACAGGACUUCAAAGCAAAUACAGAUUCCCCCUCCCCCUUAAUAUUUAAGAAUUAAAAGAUGAUGAGAAAUAAGGACAAAAGCCAAGAGGAGGACAGCUCGCUGCACAGCAAUGCAUCGAGUCAUUCAGCCUCUGAAGAAGCUUCAGCUUCAGACUCUGGCAGUCAGUCUGAAAGUGAGCAGGGCAGCGAUCCCGGAAGUGGACAUGGCAGCGAGUCCAAUAGCAGUUCGGAAUCUUCUGAGAGCCAAUCAGAGUCUGAGAGUGAAUCGGCAGGUUCCAAAUCUCAGCCAGUCCUUCCAGAAGCCAAAGAGAAGCCUGCCUCUAAGAAGGAACGGAUAGCUGAUGUGAAGAAGAUGUGGGAAGAAUAUCCUGAUGUUUAUGGGGUUAGGAGGUCAAAUCGAAGCAGACAAGAACCAUCCCGAUUUAAUAUUAAAGAAGAGGCAAGUAGCGGGUCUGAGAGUGGGAGUCCGAAAAGAAGAGGCCAGAGGCAGCUGAAAAAACAAGAAAAAUGGAAACAGGACCCCUCAGAAGACGAACAGGAACAGGGAACCAGUGCAGAGAGUGAGGCAGAACAAAAGAAAGUAAAAGCUAGAAGACCUGUCCCUAGGAGAACAGUGCCCAAACCUCAAGUUAAAAAGCAACCUAAGAUUCAACGUGGAAAGAGGAAAAAACAAGAGUCUUCAGAUGAUGAUGACGACGACGAUGAAGCUCCCAAAAGGCAGACUCGACGAAGAGCUGCUAAAAAUGUGAGUUACAAAGAAGAUGAUGACUUUGAGACUGAUUCAGAUGAUCUCAUUGAAAUGACUGGAGAAGGAGUUGAUGAACAGCAAGAUAAUAGUGAAACUAUUGAAAAGGUCUUAGAUUCAAGACUGGGAAAGAAAGGAGCCACUGGAGCAUCUACCACUGUGUAUGCUGUUGAAGCUAAUGGAGAUCCUAGUGGUGACUUUGACACGGAGAGGGAGGAAGGUGAAAUCCAAUACCUUAUCAAGUGGAAGGGCUGGUCUUAUAUUCACAGCACAUGGGAGAGUGAAGAAUCCUUACAACAACAGAAAGUGAAGGGCCUAAAAAAACUAGAGAAUUUCAAGAAGAAAGAGGACGAGAUCAAGCAAUGGUUAGGGAAAGUUUCUCCUGAAGAUGUUGAAUAUUUUAAUUGCCAACAGGAGCUGGCAUCAGAAUUAAAUAAACAGUAUCAGAUAGUAGAAAGAGUAAUAGCUGUGAAGACAAGUAAAUCUGCACUGGGCCAAACAGAUUUUCCAGCUCACAGUCGGAAGCCAGCGCCUUCAAAUGAGCCUGAGUAUCUGUGCAAGUGGAUGGGGCUUCCCUACUCAGAGUGCAGCUGGGAAGACGAAGCCUUGAUUGGAAAGAAAUUCCAGAACUGUAUCGACAGCUUCCACAGUCGAAACAACUCCAAAACCAUUCCGACAAGAGAAUGCAAGGCACUAAAGCAAAGACCACGAUUUGUAGCUUUGAAGAAGCAACCAUCAUACUUAGGAGGAGAGAAUCUGGAGCUCCGAGACUAUCAACUGGAGGGCCUCAACUGGCUUGCUCACUCCUGGUGCAAAAGUAACAGUGUAAUUCUUGCUGAUGAAAUGGGCCUAGGAAAGACCAUCCAGACCAUAUCGUUUCUCUCCUAUCUGUUCCACCAGCACCAGCUCUACGGGCCCUUUCUUAUAGUUGUUCCCUUAUCCACCCUUACCUCAUGGCAGAGAGAGUUUGAGAUCUGGGCGCCAGAGAUUAAUGUCGUGGUUUACAUAGGUGACCUGAUGAGCAGAAAUACGAUAAGGGAAUAUGAAUGGAUUCAUUCUCAAACUAAAAGGCUGAAGUUCAAUGCACUUAUAACAACAUAUGAGAUCCUCUUAAAAGAUAAGACCGUGCUGGGCAGUAUUAACUGGGCCUUCCUGGGAGUAGAUGAAGCCCAUCGGUUGAAGAAUGAUGACUCUUUAUUGUAUAAAACUCUGAUUGAUUUCAAGUCCAACCAUAGGCUACUGAUCACGGGCACCCCUCUUCAGAAUUCCCUCAAGGAGCUUUGGUCCUUGCUGCACUUUAUUAUGCCGGAGAAGUUUGAGUUCUGGGAAGAUUUUGAAGAAGACCAUGGAAAAGGGAGAGAGAAUGGCUACCAGAGUCUUCAUAAGGUACUAGAGCCUUUUCUUCUUCGAAGAGUCAAAAAAGAUGUGGAGAAAUCCCUUCCUGCCAAGGUGGAGCAGAUUCUCAGGGUGGAGAUGUCAGCCCUUCAGAAACAGUAUUAUAAAUGGAUCCUGACUAGGAAUUACAAGGCUCUUGCCAAAGGAACAAGAGGCAGCACAUCUGGCUUCCUUAAUAUUGUGAUGGAGCUGAAAAAGUGCUGCAACCACUGUUACCUGAUCAAAGCUCCCGAGGAUAGCGAAAGGGAGACCGGCCAGGAGGUCCUUCAGUCCCUAAUUAGGAGCAGUGGGAAGCUGAUUCUGUUAGACAAACUGUUGACCAGACUCCGAGACCGGGGAAACAGAGUCCUUAUCUUCUCUCAGAUGGUGAGGAUGUUGGAUAUCCUGGCUGAGUACCUGACUAUAAAACACUACCCUUUCCAGCGCCUGGAUGGUUCUAUCAAGGGAGAAAUCCGAAAACAGGCAUUGGAUCACUUCAAUGCAGAUGGGUCUGAGGACUUCUGCUUCCUGCUCUCCACACGGGCUGGCGGCCUGGGAAUCAAUUUGGCUUCAGCAGACACAGUCGUCAUCUUUGACUCCGACUGGAACCCCCAGAACGACUUGCAGGCACAAGCCCGAGCACAUAGAAUUGGUCAGAAGAAGCAGGUGAAUAUUUACCGCCUGGUUACAAAGGGGACUGUGGAAGAGGAGAUCAUAGAACGGGCCAAAAAGAAGAUGGUGUUGGACCAUCUGGUGAUUCAGCGCAUGGAUACCACUGGCAGGACAGUUCUCGAAAACAACUCAGGAAGAUCCAACUCAAACCCUUUUAAUAAAGAAGAGCUGACAGCUAUUUUGAAAUUUGGAGCAGAGGAUCUCUUCAAAGAAAUUGAAGGAGAGGAGUCAGAGCCUCAGGAAAUGGAUAUAGAUGAAAUUUUACGCUUAGCUGAAACCAGAGAGAAUGAAGUAUCAACUAGUGCAACAGACGAGCUGCUAUCACAGUUUAAGGUUGCCAACUUUGCAACGAUGGAAGAUGAAGAGGAGCUGGAAGAGCGUCCUCACAAGGACUGGGAUGAAAUCAUUCCUGAAGAGCAAAGGAAGAAAGUAGAGGAGGAAGAGCGGCAGAAGGAGCUGGAAGAAAUAUAUAUGCUGCCUCGGAUUCGCAGUUCCACUAAAAAGGCUCAGACAAAUGACAGUGAUUCUGACACUGAGUCUAAGAGGCAGGCCCAGAGGUCAUCCGCUUCCGAGAGUGAGACGGAUGACUCUGAUGACGAUAAGAAGCCAAAGCGCAGAGGGCGCCCCCGGAGUGUGCGCAAAGACCUCGUGGAGGGCUUCACGGAUGCCGAGAUCAGGAGGUUCAUCAAGGCUUAUAAGAAGUUUGGUCUCCCUCUUGAAAGGCUGGAGUGCAUAGCACGGGAUGCUGAGCUGGUUGAUAAGUCUGUGGCAGACUUGAAACGCCUGGGAGAGCUGAUUCACAAUAGCUGUGUGUCAGCAAUGCAGGAGUAUGAGGAGCAGCUGAAAGAAAAUGCCAGUGAAGGAAAAGGACCAGGCAAGAGAAGAGGCCCGACAAUCAAGAUCUCUGGGGUUCAGGUUAACGUGAAGUCCAUUAUCCAACAUGAGGAAGAGUUUGAGAUGCUGCAUAAAUCUAUCCCUGUGGAUCCUGAGGAAAAAAAAAAAUACUGCUUAACCUGCCGAGUCAAAGCAGCACACUUCGACGUCGAGUGGGGCGUGGAGGAUGACUCUCGUCUGCUGCUUGGAAUCUACGAACAUGGCUAUGGAAAUUGGGAGCUAAUUAAGACAGACCCAGAGCUAAAGCUGACUGAUAAAAUUCUACCAGUGGAGACAGAUAAAAAGCCUCAGGGGAAGCAGCUGCAGACCCGAGUGGACUACUUGUUGAAGCUGCUCAGGAAGGGUCUGGAGAAAAAGGGCACCGUGACCAGUGGGGAAGAGGCUAAACUAAAGAAGCGGAAGCCUCGAGUUAAAAAGGAGAAUAAAGCACCCAGGCUGAAGGAUGAGCAUGGGCUAGAGCUGUCUCCUAGACAUUCUGACAACCCUUCUGAAGAGGGGGAAGUGAAGGAUGAUGGCCUAGAAAAAAGUCCAACGAAAAAAAAGCAGAAGAAGAAAGAGAACAAGGAGAACAAAGAGAAACCAGUGAGUUCUCGGAAGGACAGGGAAGGAGACAAAGAGAGGAAGAAAUCCAAGGAAAAGAAAGCGAAGGUUAAAGGUGGUGAUGCCAAGUCUUCAAGUAAAGCAAAGCGAUCUCAGGGUCCUGUCCACAUUACAGCAGGAAGUGAACCUGUUCCCAUUGGGGAGGAUGAAGAUGAUGAUCUGGACCAGGAAACCUUCAGCAUUUGUAAGGAGAGGAUGCGGCCUGUGAAGAAGGCACUGAAACAGUUGGACAAACCUGACAAGGGACUCAGUGUGCAAGAACAGCUGGAACACACCAGGAACUGCCUGCUUAAAAUUGGAGACCGCAUAGCCGAGUGCCUUAAAGCUUACUCAGACCAGGAGCACAUCAAAUUGUGGAGGAGGAACCUAUGGAUUUUUGUUUCCAAGUUUACAGAAUUUGAUGCACGAAAACUCCAUAAGUUAUAUAAGAUGGCUCAUAAGAAAAGAUCUCAAGAAGAGGAGGAACAAAAGAAGAAAGAUGAUUCGCUUGGUGGUAAGAAACCAUUUCGACCAGAGACCUCGGGCUCAAGCCGGGAUUCUCUGAUAUCUCAGUCCCAUACCUCACACAACCUUCAUCCUCAGAAGCCUCAUUUGCCUGCCUCCCAUGGCCCACAGAUGCAUGGACAUCCAAGAGAUAACUACAGUCAUCCCAACAAGAGACACUUUAGUAAUGCAGAUCGAGGAGACUGGCAGAGGGAAAGAAAGUUCAACUAUGGUGGUGGUAACAAUGCCCCCUGGGGGGGUGACCGGCACCAUCAGUAUGAGCAGCACUGGUAUAAGGACCACCACUAUGGUGACCGGAGACAUAUGGAUGCUCACCGUUCUGGAAGCUACCGACCUAACAACAUGUCUAGAAAGAGACCAUAUGACCAGUACAACAGCGACCGAGACCACCGGGGACACAGAGACUAUUAUGACAGGCACCAUCAUGACUCCAAGCGAAGGAGGUCAGAUGACUUUAGGCCCCAGAAUUAUCACCAGCAGGAUUUUCGACGAAUGUCUGACCACAGACCCACCAUGGGUUACCACGGCCAGGGACCCUCAGACCAUUAUCGCUCUUUCCACACAGACAAGUUGGGGGAAUAUAAACAGCCCAUGCCUUCAUUGCACACCACGCUCUCAGACCCUCGCUCACCCCCUUCCCAGAAAUCUCCCCAUGAUUCCAAGUCACCCUUGGAUCAUAGGUCUCCUUUGGAGAGAUCACUAGAACAGAAAAACAACCCAGAUUAUAACUGGAAUGUUCGGAAAACAUAAAGGACCCCUCCUAAAGCGGAGAGAGAGCACAGGAGUCAUCAAGCACUUGGGCGUUUUGGUCUGAUCCAGCUGUGGCCAGUGGUCAGGCUGGUGAGUGACAUUUCUGGAUACACUGCUGCUGAAUCCACUGACUUGGCAGCUGAAGGAGCACUUGAAGGAGUUGGAGGCCUUCGUCUGCUGCUUUGGUUUGGUCUCCACUCCUGCACUUUGGCACGCCCAUCCCAUCCUAGCCUAUCAUGGCCUCUCACCUCCAUGGGUGCUAGGAGGAGAUGACUAUAUACCAGCUUCAUUGGGCUGCUUCCUCAGUGAAGGAAUCCGGGAUCUUGAGAGUCAAUGAAUGUUCUAUUCAGCAUGAGUGACCAGGGCAAGGACCUGACGGACAGUAUGUGAUUGGUUCACCGUGACACGAGGGAUGCUGCUCAUGGGAAGUAGGAUCACAGGGUGGGUUUCACACUGCAAGACUUGAAAAGGGAGCAGGUACACCCCUCAGCUGUGUUCUUGGGAGAAAUGACACACUUGGUCUCAUUAUGUGAAGUGGGCUGGGGAGAAUGAGACAGGGAAAUGACCGCCGCCAUGGCCUCCUCCCUGCCAACACUAAUUUUCCCCUGCACUAUCUUUGUACAUUUCAAAGGUUUGGUCUUCUGGGCGGUGGUCAUUUCCCCUCAUUGUCAGGGAAAGUUGGAUCCCUCUGGCUGACUUAGAGUACUGUGACUUGGGCAUUGCUGAUGCCAGCGUGGGGUUUACUUGUUUGGGGAGUAGGCUAAGUGGGUGUAGGGGUGGAGAUGGGGGUGGGGUAGUAUAACCAGGAAAAUAGGAAUCCCUGGUGGGUUUCUGAUUCCUGUGGUGAGAAGGAGAGUUAUAGGUCCUGGGGAUAGAAAUGGAGGUGGCCUGCUGAUGAGAUACCUGCUGGUGAGCCCAGAUGUGGGACAUUCAUGUAGACAGGGGGCAGGGUUUGUUGACAGUGCCAGCAAGCAGGGAGUUUUAAGUAUUGGAGUGGGUCAGCAAAUUGUAGUGCAUGUUGGUUCCUUUACACAGCUUGAAAAGGCAGGCUGCACAGACCAAACUCUUGACAGUUGAGAUGUGGUCAGGUGAGAAGCUACAUUUCCAUUACAAGUUGGAACUCAGUAGAAUCAAACCUUGUUAUUUUAAAAUCUGUAGACUAUAAACCUAAGUUAAUUCUUCCCCAAACCACAAGCAUCUGUGAUGGGGGUAGCCAAGCUGUUAAGAUGGCAGGAGGCUGGUCAGUGUCAGGUUGGGUUGGGUUGUAGGGCUGAUGGGUGGUAUCAUUGAUUGGCUCUUCUCAGUGUAUGGAUACUGGGCUAGGCCUUGGGUUUUACUCACUUUCAGUAUAACUUGCCAGUAUUGUUAAGGUAUUCAAAGCCUUUCUAGAUGGAGACAGGAAACCUGACUUGAACAUAUGGUAGGCGUGCCUCUGUAAGAGUCCAGGCUCAUUCUGAGUUGAUGAAAAGUCUUGUUUGGACAUAUGCAGGGUUUGGCUCCCAAACACUCUUGGUGGGGUGGUCAUCCCAGGCAGUACCAUUAACGACUUCCCUGAGACAAGCAUGAGUUGUGUCCUUGAGUAAAACACCUGGCCAUGCAUGGUUGUGGUGGGCCAUUGCUUCUGCUGCUUUAGAGCACCAUGGACCUGGCUGGUGCUCAGUAGACCAUCACCUUCUGGACUCCUCAUGGCACCCGGGUCCUUCACCUUACCAUGUGCAUGCAUGACUUGCAGUAGAGCCCACUGACUGCAUGGGAGUGCCCCGGCUAGUCUGCUGCCUGGUCGCUUGCGGGACUUCUUAGUCAAGGCUGAAAGGUCUAUUUUGGCCACACAGUGAAAAGUGAACCACAGAUGGAGCUUCUUGCUGAUCACAUUGACACUGUCUGUGUUUGGUUCGCUGGGCUCCUAGAUGCUGUGAGCGUGGCAAGCACAGGAGGUGGCCCUGUGGAAGGCCGAGGCCUUGCCUUUCCCAUAGUCACCUAGGUCUUGUCUUUCAACUUGUUGGUAGAAGUUACGAAUUAUUCUCAAAGCUGUCUGUCUCAUCAUGAGGAAAAAGGAACUUCCUUUUGUUCAUAUUCAGGACUUAGAGGGUAUAGUGCCAUAAAAUGUAGCAAAGGGCCCUAUGGCCAGAUCAGUGUUACAUUGAUUCUAAGAUUACAGUAUCUGCCAUCAAACAUCUGCGUGAGGUGAAGGAGUGCGUGUGAAGAGGGGCUUGUGAGAAAGGAAGCAUUCCUCUUGCUUUAAACCAGUAUGUGCAGCAUAUGCUUUCUGCGGAAGUUUGCACAGGUAAGAGAAGCUGCCAGUGGAGUUCUGUGGAGACUGGCUUUGGGCAGCUCAUUAUUGAGGCAAUGGCAGGACUUGGGGAAGUUACAUGUGAGUGUUGUCGAGGCCUGUGGCCCUAGAAAAGGAAGAUGAAGCCUCUGCUGACUACUGUGUCCUCUCAGACUUGCCAGCCUGCAGGAGCCCAGUCCGAUGGUCCUUCCUAAUUCUCUGUGUAGUCAUUCCUUAAGCCCUACAAAGGGAGCGCAAACAUUUCUCACUGUGCUGCUGACGUUCUGACCUGGUGUGUCUGACAGUUGCAUCAGGCUUUGCAGAGCAAAAGUGAUUCACUUAAGUGUUCACACACAGCAACACUGAAAUCCUACAGACCAAAACCCACUUGUCAGCAGGAGCCGCGGUCCAGGCCCGACACCUGUGGUCUUCUAGCUGAGGCCAGCUGUGUUGGGUGAGGAGAGCCAUGCCAAGGGUCCAGGCUGCUUUAGUCCAUCUGUGCCCUACCCAUUUGGGGACAGGUGGUUUUUCUUGUAAACUUGUGGACUUUUGAAACCUGUUGACUAAAACAGUAAUUAAUUUAUAUUUGUGAAAAAUGCCACUGUCCUGGUGAUUUCUGAUGUAAAUAAUGUUGUUUAUAUAGUAUGUAUUAAAUUUUCCUACAUUGUAAAACUGCUGUAGUUUUGAUUCUUGUAUAUUAAAAAGU